AUGGAAGCUGAUCUGCUCGAGCGGCUUCUGCAAGAGAAGCACGCUGCCAGAGAACAGGUGCUGCUGGCCGAGAGGAAGACCCAGACAGCUGCCAGCACUGUCGCGCAUAUCCUUCAAGAUGUGGAGCACGCCGAGGAGCAGCUGGCGAUACAUCUCUCUGCAGAAGAAGCGGCAAAGGUUGAGAGUGACGCCGCGGACAAGGCAGCCGCCGAGGCUGAGACGGCCCGCAGCACUGCGGAGGCCCAGCUCCUGGUUGGGCACAUGGAGCAGGAUUUGUGCAGGCUGGCUUGCGCCAUCCUUCUAGCAGAGGAGAAGGAUUUGCAGAUGCCGGCAGACCAAGUCUCCAGAGUUCAGAAAAUCUGUGAGAAGCUGGACCUCGAGGACUCCUUGCGCUGUACCCUGCCGCUGGUUUUGCAGAAACCAGCGGGGACAAGAUCCUUCUUGGAGAAGGCAGCAGCGCAGCUGAUCACAAAGGCUAUGCAGGAGCACAUGGACAAACUCAGCCAGGAGCUGACCAGCGACGAAGUUCAGGGCUCCACUGAAGCUGCAACUGCAAGGGCUCAGGAAACGCGCGCGAGCUCGAAGGCGGCACAGGCUUCACUGGCCAAAGCACGUGAUGGCGUGCGGGCGGCGCAGGCGGCAGUUGAUGCUGUUCGUGCCCGCCUGGACCAAGCGCGCGCCGAAGAGAGAAGGGCAUUGGCGGAGUCCGUCGAUGCCAGUUCCACAGGAGCCAAGACCAUGGAGUCUCUUCGUCAGUUCCGCAAGGGCGCCCUUGCGGCGUACCAGAGCUUGGAAGGGCCUGCAGUUCCCUGCCAGGCGGUGGACGACUUGGAGCGGAAGAUUUCAGACUUCGAGGAGAGUUGCCGGAUCGAAGUGCGGGAGCUGCGGAAGGCCAUGGAGGAGCAAAGUUUGGUGGACCAGAAGGCCACCGCCGACGAAGAACGCGGUGACUGCGAGGAAGCUUUGCCACCAGGUCCGCCGACCACGGCCAGCGCGGAGGUCUCGGAGGAUGGGUGCCCAACUUCGUGCCAAGACGAAGCAGCUGUACCGGCUGGCGACAAGGCCGGCAGCGAGCCAGGCGAUGUGGCCAUGACUGGAGAGGUGGAGAUUAGCAUUCCGGACACGCAGACGGACGAGGUUGAUGCCGCCGACAGAGGAUGCGGUGACUGCGAGGAAGCUUUGCCAGGUGGGCCGACCACGGUCAGCACGGAGGUCUCAGAGGAUGGGUGCCCAACCUCGUGCCAAGACGAAGCAGCUGUACCGGCUGGUGCCAAGGCCGGCGGCGAGCCGUGCGACGUGGCCAUGGCCGGAGCAGAGGUAGAGACCUGCAUACAGAACAGUCAGGACACGCAGGCGGACGAGGCCGAAGCCGCCGCCGACAACGGCUGCGGUGACUGCGAAGAAGCUUUGCCAGGUGUAUCCGCGGCCAGCGCAGAGGUCUCAGAGGAUGGGUGCCCAACUUCGUGCCAAGAGGAGGCAGCACAGGCAGCACUACCAGCUGGUCCCAAGGACGACGACGAGUCGUGCGAUGUCGCAAUGACCGGAGCAGAGGUGGAGACUAGUAUUCCGGACACGCAGGCGGACGAGGUUGAUGCCGCCGACAGAGGAUGCGGUGACUGCGAGGAAGCUUUGCCAGGUGGGCCGACCACGGUCAGCACGGAGGUCUCAGAGGAUGGGUGCCCAACCUCGUGCCAAGACGAAGCAGCUGUACCGGCUGGUGCCAAGGCCGGCGGCGAGCCGUGCGAUGUGGCCAUGGCCGGAGCAGAGGUAGAGACCUGCAUACAGAACAGUCAGGACACGCAGGCGGACGAGGCCGAAGCCGCUGCCGACAAUGGCUGCGGUGACUGCGAAGAAGCUUUGCCAGGUGUAUCCGCGGCCAGCGCAGAGGUCUCAGAGGAUGGGUGCCCAACUUCGUGCCAAGAGGAGGCAGCACAGGCAGCACUACCAGCUGGUCCCAAGGACGACGACGAGUCGUGCGAUGUCGCAAUGACCGGAGCAGAGGUGGAGACUAGUAUUCCGGACACGCAGGCGGACGAGGUUGAUGCCGCCGACAGAGGAUGCGGUGACUGCGAGGAAGCUUUGCCAGGUGGGCCGACCACGGUCAGCACGGAGGUCUCAGAGGAUGGGUGCCCAACCUCGUGCCAAGACGAAGCAGCUGUACCGGCUGGUGCCAAGGCCGGCGGCGAGCCGUGCGAUGUGGCCAUGGCCGGAGCAGAGGUAGAGACCUGCAUACAGAACAGUCAGGACACGCAGGCGGACGAGGUCUCCUCCGCUCAGGAUUCUGUGAACUUGCGCUCGGUGUUCAACUUCGGCUUGGCCACAAUGCUCCUGACAUUAUCUGGAUGUGGCGAGGCACCCGAACCCGAGACUCAGCGAGAGUGA